CAGCGGUUCUCCUGACUCCCCGCCUUCGUUCGUUCUUUGUUCGGUCCACCUGGCUCCGCCCCACCCAGUCGCGGAGCUUUGACGAUUCAAGCUUUUCUGUCCCUCGCGGGGAACCGUACUCAGAAGCUAGGCCCUGUAACAGGCGGCGGCAAUUAGGAUUGUAGCUAGCAAGAAGAAUUUGUGAUCAGAGUUGAGGAUGGUUCUAAAUGAGAUGAGUGGUGAUGGGUCUGAGCAAGAGGAAAACAAGGGCCUGGAACCUGAUGUCAUUGCCAGGGGAAACAUACUUGAGAGUUUUACGGAGAGUCAAGAAGCACGAGAGUUGAUUAACAACCUCCGAUCAGUGCAUGAGGACCUGAUAUUGCGAGAAACGGCAAUUCAAAAGUUUAACGUUAUAAUGAACAAGUACCAGGAGCAACCUCACCUUUUGGAUGCACAUUUAGAGUGGAUGCUGAAUUUAUUACUAGGUAUUAUCCGGGAUGAAGCAUCUUCUCCUUCUCUAGUCCAUCUGUCCUUUCAAUUCCUUUACAUCAUUUCAAAGGUACGAGGGUAUAAACCCUUCCUAAGACUAUUUCCUCAUGAAGUAGUUGACGUACAGCCUGUCUUGGAUAUGCUUGUGUAUCAGAAUCCAAAAGACUACGAGACCUGGGAGACUCGCUACAUGCUCUUGCUGUGGUUGUCUGUAACAUGCUUGAUCCCUUUUGAUUUGGCAAAGCUAGAUGGGAAUAUCUCCUCUCCAGAAGGAUGCACUCGAGUGCCAAUAAUGGAUCGCAUCCUCAUGGUGGCAAAAUCCUAUCUGGUUGUAAGUGACAAGGCUCGAGAUGCAGCUGCAGUCUUGGUCUCAAAGUUUAUUACCCGCCCUGAUGUCAAACAAAAAAGAAUGGCAGACUUCCUGGACUGGACCCUUUCAACAUUAUCUAAAUCUUCUUUUCAUACUAUGGAGGGGACUAUUGUAAUGGAUGGCAUGCUUCAAGCCCUGGCACAGCUUUUUAAACAUGGCAAGAGGGAAGACUGUUUACCAUAUGCUUCUACUGUGCUUGAAUGCCUUGAUAACUGCAAGCUCUCUGAAAGUAACCACACGCUCCUUCGCAAGCUGGGAGUGAAACUUGUUCAGCGACUCGGCCUGACAUUUCUUAAGCCCAAGGUGGCAAAGUGGAGGUAUCAACGGGGUUUCCGAUCGUUAGCUGCAAAUUUGCAGAUUUCUACUGUGGGACCUGUUGCACCGAAAGCAAUGAAUGCAGCUUCUGUCACUGAGGAGGAGGAAGAGGAAGAGGAAUAUGACAUUCCAGGAGAUGUUGAAAAUGUUGUAGAGCAAUUGCUGAUUGGUUUGAAAGAUAAGGACACCAUUGUCAGGUGGUCUGCAGCAAAAGGGAUUGGUAGACUGACAGGAAGGUUACCAAAAGAGCUAGCUGAUGAAGUUGUUGGAUCUGUGUUAGACUGCUUCAGUUUCCAGGAAACUGACAAUUCUUGGCAUGGUGGAUGUUUGGCACUAGCUGAAUUAGGAAGAAGAGGGUUGUUACUACCUUCUCGGCUUUCUGACGUUGUUCCUGUGAUUUUAAAAGGACUGUCCUAUGAUGAGAAGAGGGGAGCCUGCAGUGUUGGCUCAAAUGUACGGGAUGCCGCUUGCUAUAUAAGUUGGGCUUUUGCUCGUGCCUAUGAUCCCUUGGAACUGAGGCCAUUUGUUAAUCAAAUUUCAAGUGCUCUGGUUAUAGCUGCUGUAUUUGACCGCGAUAUUAAUUGCAGAAGAGCCGCCUCGGCUGCCUUCCAGGAGAAUGUUGGUAGACAGGGUACUUUCCCACAUGGAAUUGACAUUUUAACUGCAGCUGAUUAUUUUGCUGUUGGCAAUAGAAUUAAUUGUUUCCUCAAUAUCAGUGUCUACAUUGCAGGUUUUCCUGAGUAUACGCAUCCAAUGAUUGACCACCUGGCUAACAUGAAGAUCAACCACUGGGAUGGAGUUAUUCGGGAAUUUUCAGCCAAAGCUUUGCAUAAUCUCACACCACAGGCUCCUGAAUAUAUGGUUAACAAAGUUUUACCAAAACUUCUGCCAUUGGCAGUGGGCACAGAUCUGCACACUCGCCAUGGAGCAAUCUUGGCCUGUGCCGAGAUCACUCAUGCAUUGAGCAAACUAGCAGAAGAAAAUAAGAGAUCCAUUACAUCUUAUUUGGAUGAGAAAAUCUUGGAAGGACUUAAACAGAUUCAUGUGGAGCUUUGUUGUCGUCAGCUGUACCGGGGUUUAGGUGGAGAACUAAUGAGACCAGCUGUCUGCACUUUAAUUGAAAAAUUGUCACUUUCAAAAAUGCCCUUUAGAGAAGAUCCUAUAAUUGAUGGCUGGCAGUGGCUGAUAAAUGACAGUUUACGAAAUCUUCAUCUUGUUUCAAGCAAUGCAAGACAGCAAAUAAAAGAAUCAGCAGUCUCUGCAUUAGCUGCUCUGUGUAAUGAAUAUUACUGCAGUGAAGGAGGAGCAAAUCCAGCUCAACAAGAUGAACUGGUCAAGCAAUACAUUUCAGACCUUCAAAGCUCUGAGGAAAUGAUUCAGUGUGGCUUUUCGCUUGCCUUGGGUGCCCUUCCCAGAUUUCUUCUGAAAGGCAGGCUCCAGGAGGUUUUAGAAGGUUUGAAGAGAGUGUCUUGCAUUUCACCCCGACAUGUGAGCUUUGCUGAAUCCAGAAAGGAUGGCCUAAAAGCAAUUGCAAAAGUUUGCCUGACGGUGGGAGUGAAGGGGGAAGGGUCACCAACUGAAUUUGUGUGCAAAACAAAUGUGGCACAGAUAUACAACACAUUGCUGGAUGGGCUGAAUGAUUACACAACUGACAGUCGAGGUGAUGUUGGAGCAUGGGUGAGAGAAGCUGCUAUGACCAGCUUAAUGGAAGUGACCCUGCUGUUAACACAGAAUGAGCCAGAGUUGAUAGAUGCAAACGUGUCCAAACGGAUUAUGUGCUGCCUGGCUCAACAGUCAGCUGAAAAAAUUGACCGAUUCCGAGCCCAUGCAGGAACUGUAUUCCUCACACUUCUAUACUUUGACAAACCUCCAGUCCCACAUGUACCCCACCGGGAAGAUUUGGAGCAGAUAUUUCCAAGGUCAGAGGCAGUAACAUUCAACUGGAAUGCACCAUCACAAGCCUUUCCCAAAAUCACACAGCUUUUGGAUUUCCCAGCAUAUCGAUACCAUGUUCUAACUGGCCUGACAGUGUCUGUUGGUGGACUAACGGAAUCAACAGUGCGUUGCUCAUCACAGAGCCUCUUUGACUAUCUGAAGAGAAUUCAGAUCAACAUGGAAGCUAUGAGCAGCUUUUGUGAAACACUGCUACAAGUCUUUGAGGACAAUCUGCUGAAUGACAGGGUAUCAGUACCACUGCUGAAGAUGCUGGACCAGAUAUUGGCCAACGGCUGCUUUGAUGUCUUUGUCACGGAAGAGAACCAUCCAUUUCCCAUGAAGUUACUUAAACUUUGUAUAGAUGAGAGCAGGAAAUCUAAAGACAUCCAGAAACUCCGGUCCAGCAUUGCAGUGUUUUGUGGUCUGAUUCAGUUUCCAGGUGACAUGAGAAAGAAAGUUUUAUUUCAGCUCUUCCUCCUUCUUUGCCAUCCAUUUCCUAUUAUAAGAAAGACAGCAGCCAGUCAAGUCUAUGAAAUGCUGAUAACCUACAGUGAUAUUGCCGAACCUGAUGUUAUAGAAGAGGCCAUGACCAUUUUGAGUGACACUAACUGGGAUGCAGAAUUGGUAGUUGUGAGGAAGCAACGCAACUGUCUCUGUGACUUAAUGAAAGUCCCCAAACCACAACUAGUAACCAAGAGCACCUGAUUUGAACCCCAUUAAUUUUGAAAACCAAUGUUCUUGGGACUUGUCAACACAAAGGAGGAGACAGCUAUUGGCUUAGCAUUCUGUAUUCUGCAAACUGUAUUUUCUGAGCGAAAAGGUAAAAGAGUGCAAUCCUGUUUUCAAAAGCACCAUGUGUGAAAGGACGCUUUUAGUCAUUAUAUAUUUGUGCUCAUCCCUUAAUCUGUAACCACAAGAUGGCAGUUUGACCACAUGAUCUUUCCUUUGUUUUUCAGAUUUAGUAUCAUUGCUGGUAUUUUGUGUUGCUUGCUCAAAACUGAAUUAAAGUAGCUCUUGGAAAGAGCACGCCA